GGAGGAGGAGGGCGACGACGAGGAAAACGACGAGGACGAGGACGAGGACGAGGACGACGACAACGACGACGACGACGACGACGACGACGACGACGAAGACGAGGACGAGGACGAGGACGGAGGACGGUCGGUGGCGUGGGGGGUGGACAUCCACGCGGGAACUCGAGGCAGGCGCACCCGGCCGGCACGCACACACAUUCAUUCUAAGAUGUGAUUUCAAAAAUGGCGGAUUGCCCCUAUGCCCGUUGCAUACAGGAACGCAGACACAUCCGACGGGAGCUGCUGCGAUGGACAAAGAAUAUGGUCUUCGUAGUCGUUGCGGUGGUGUCGCAGGUCUGGAACGGGUAGCGGAGGAGUUGAUGGGCCGUAGGAGAUGGAAGCAAUAUCAGGACACCCUGUACAGCGGUACUCGCAGCAGCGAAUCAUUGACGGCACAGCCCCACCACCGGCUAUACCCGGCGUUCUCGUCGUCCUGCGACCCGGUGCCCGGGAACCUGGAACAAAUUGGGUCGCGCCCGCUUCAUCCUGCGUCCACCUCAUUACCUAUAACGAUAACGACAACGUCGACGACGACGACGACGACGACGACGACAGGGGCGGCAACGGCCACGACCACGGCCACGGGCCUGAUCAAGCAGGAGACGCUCCACAGGCAUCAUCACCUGCAGAAUCAUCACCAUCUCCAAUCCUCCGUGCAAGACCACCACCGUCCCUAUCAACAGCAACAGCAACAGCAAAGGCAACAAAGGCAGCAGGAGGAGCGCCGUCUGAGGCCGGACGAGAUCAAAGUCGAGGUCGGCGAGGACGAGUUCGCGAACGGCGGCGCUGGAAGGGAGGAAUCGAAGGCCGGGACCGACACCUCGACGGCGGCCACGGUUACCACCACGGGUGCCACCACGACUUUGCCCGCAGCGACUACGACGGGUACGAGCACCGGUGCCGCGACACCAUCGAGCGCCAUCGUCGCGUCGACCGUUAUCGCGACGUCGAACGCAACGGCGGCUAUGACCACGGGGACCACGACGAUCCCGACCAGGCGGUUGCGGAAACGUCGCCAGAACGACGGGGAGGGGGCCGAGGAGAGAGAGGACGACGAAGAGAACGAGGAAGAGGAGGAUGGCAGGGGGCAGGGCGAGGCGGAGAAACGGUUGAAACUCGACGAAGACGCCGACAGGCCCAUCAGUCCUCUGAGGAGGGAGAAGGAUCGGGGAUAUCCGACUUCCAACGCCACCGAUACGGAAGGGACCAAGGAACGAACGGAGGAAGUCGCGUUGGAUCGGACACCGGUGACGCAAGGGUUGUUGAGAGUGAAGAAGGAGGAGGAGUUGCAAGAAGCGCCGAGUUCUGGAGGCGGUCCAACGAUAUUGACGACACCCGGUUUGGAUUCGGACGGGAUCAGGUCAGGGUUGCCGUGUCGGGAGGUUGAAGCGGCAGCUACUAGGAACGUGGUAGCGCCGUUUCUGAUUGGGAGCCGACGCACCAGCCCACCGCCCGAAGACUGGAAGCCGCUAGACAAGUGUUACUUUUGCCUGGACGGCAAGCUCCCCCACGAUGAUCAACCACCUCUCAGCCCGCAGAGCGACAGUAGCAGCAGCUCGCGAUCGGCCGAAUCACCGAUGUCGGUCCAGGUGGACCCGAUGGCGGCAUCCGUGGUCGCCGCGGCUCUCACCGGUACCUACCCCACCUUACUGCCUCAGUGGUGUCUGCCACCAAGGGAGGCGCCUCUCGUUGGGGUGCAGCCUCAUCAGGACAGUGCAACGCCAGCCGACCAACCUCUCGACCUCUCGGCCAAACCCAAAAAUUCUCAGGAUAACAACAUAUCUCUAUUGGAACAACAGAAAAUACCUCUGAGGAUGACAGCAGGUAUCGAUCCCAAGAGUAUCUUUAAUUCCGGUUAUCGGCCGAAACCACGUAUGACCGGGCCGGUGGCGGCCGUGGCGGCGGCGGCCGUGGCGGCGGCGGGGGUCGGUGGUGUCCCCGUGGUGGGUGCCGGGGGUGGCCGGAGGGCCUACACCGAGGAGGAGCUGCAAGCCGCGCUCAGGGAUAUCCAGAGUGGCAAGCUCGGCACACGGAGGGCUGCCGUGAUCUACGGGAUACCGCGUAGCACCCUGCGCAACAAGGUCUACAAGCUUGCGAUGGAGCGCGAAAGGGACGCGUCCCUGUCUAGCACCCACUCACACCCUCACGAGCCCGGCGCCCCAGCCACCACCAUCACCACCAUCACCACCACCACCACCACCACUACUACUACUACUACAACUACAACACCAAAUACGACCCAAAACGCCUCCGCGACCACUCCGCCCCCGCAAGUGGAUGAGGUGGACGACAAAGAACUGUCCGGAGCGGAAGAGGAGAAAGAAGUGGAGAAGGCUCUGUUGAAGCCGCUGUUGUCCUUGGAGGAUCUCGUCAGGUUUUCCACGCUCGAAGGGAGCGGUGGCGAUUCCCUGAGAACGUUGUUGCAACGGGGACAGGAGACGGGGGCCGAGUGGCCGGGGCUUGAACACGCCAACAUCGGCCCUUACAUACAAAAGAUGAUCGCGGCAGCUGCGCCGUUCAAAGGCAUGGAGACCCAAGAUUAUCGCAUUCCAGAGGUGAUGAGAAGGCUGAUGAGCGAGGACAAGAGGCUGAGCAAAAGCGUGAACGGGGACCAGUCGCAGCCACCCACGCAUCAGCAGCUGCAUCACCAUCAAUCGACGCAUUCGACGCAUUCCCAGGCCCAGGCGCAGUCGCAGUCGCAGCAGCAGCAGCAGCAGCAACAGCAACAACAGCAGCAGCAGCAGCAGCAACAACAGCAGCAGCAGCAGCAGCAGCAGCAGCAGAGGGGCCCGAUGACGAACGACGACUUCAAUCCGAACAUCGAGGAGGAGGCGAGCGACAGCGCGCAAGGGAGAGCUAUUCUCAAGAUUCCGUCCUACAAGCCAGCGAGCACGCCCGGAUGCUCGAGCAAGAACGGCGAGCCGACCUCGGCAGCGUUCGCGCAGGGAUUCGCGACCGCGGCCUCGAGCCCCGGCCUCCUGGAACGGGCGAGUCCAGCGUUCUCGGGCACCAGUAGCCCGACCAACUCGUUGGUGGGGAAGACGGUGGCCGUGAACUUUCGCGACGUGAUCGCGAAGAGCAUCAGCGUGAAAUUCCAAGAGGGGCAGACGGUCCCGGGCGGUGGGAUGGGCGGGUGUCAGCCGGGCGGGGUGGUGCAGUCGCAGCAGCCGAUCAUGACGGACCCGAGCCCGUUCAAGAGGGGUAGAUACACGCCGCCGCAGCCGGCCAACACGCAACAGGGGCAAGGGCAGGCGCAGGCGAAGGCGCAGAGCCAGGAGGCGAACAAACCGAAGCCGGCCACCGGUGGCAAAGGAACGAGGCCGAAACGGGGCAAGUACAGGAACUACGACAGGGAUAGCCUGGUCGAGGCUGUGCGCGCUGUUCAAAGGGGUGAAAUGAGCGUGCAUCGCGCGGGCAGCUACUACGGGGUGCCGCACUCCACCCUCGAGUACAAAGUGAAGGAACGGCAUCUGAUGAGGCCGAGGAAGAGGGACCAGAAGCAAUCGGACGACAAGACGAAGGAGACGUCUACCGUGACAGCGGCGGCAGCCGCGACCAAUAUCAGACCGGGGACGGCGGACAAGAAGCCGCAAUUGAAGCCGCAGAAACCUUUCACGUCGCCGGGCGGUAUACCGGGGCCCAACGGAAUCAAGAUGCCGUCGUUCAUGGAGGGGAUGCCUCAUUUACCCUUCACUCCGUUCAAUUUUUGGAAUCCGCCGCCGUUCAUGCCGUCGCCGUUCAUGGCAGGGGCGCCCAACGUCCCCACCAUCCUGCCCGAGCAAUAUUUCGCCACGAGCAGGAUCCGAGGGUUGCAGGAGCAGCAGAGGAACGCGGCCAUGGUGCAACAGCAGCAGCAGCAGCAGCAACAGCAACAGCAGCAUCAAGCGAGGGAGAGGGAAGGGGUCGGCGUGGGCGCAGGCAUCGCGGAAACCUCGCCCGGGACCUCGAAUUCCCGGGGCACGCCGCAGAUGGGCAAAGUGCCGCGGGAAGUUUCGGAGGGUAUCUACGACGGGUCGGGGGCGAACGGCAGUUUCUUGGACAAUUUGAUCAGGUCGAGCCUCGAGACGGGUAUUCCAAGGGACCAGAGGGCGAUGACCGAGGCGAGGAAUCAGCAACAGCAACCCUCCUCGCAGCAGCAAAUCCCCGAGUCGAUGAGGAGCAAAGCGUUGAUCGAUCAACUGUGCAGGAACUCGAGGAGGACGCCUGUGCCGAGGUUGGCGCAGGACAGUAGCGAGGACGAGAGCUACAGGGGGCCGUCGGCGAGCGGGGGGAGGCCGGUGCCCGAGAGGCCCGAGCGCGUGCCCACCGUCGACCUGAGCCCGUCACCGUCCGACAGGGGUCGAAACGACGACGGCAGCGACCGACUCACGUCGCCGCCCACGCCCCUCUCCAUCUCGAGAGCCGGGAGCAGAGACGAGGACAGUACCCGCGACUCGGCCAAGAUCGAUCGUAGCAGCAGGGAACGCGAGGUACACAACGGUGGAGGGCAGGAGGAUCGAGACAGGAAAACUCUCGCCCCCUCGGCCCCUCAGCAACCGCAGCAGCAACAACAGCAGCAGCAGCAGCAACAGCAACAACAACAACAACAACAACAACAGCAGCAGCAAUUGAAUCAUUACCCGGACUUACACAAUCUCUACGCCGUACCAACUGACAAAAAAAGUGCCUGUGAUAGUAAGCUUAUAGUAGAUCAUUCGAGCCAGAAGACUCAACAGCAACAACAGCAGCCGCAACAGCAGCAGCAACAACAACAACCGCAACAACAGCAAUCGCAACAACCGCAACAGCAGCAGCAGCAGCAGCAGCAGCAGCAACAACAACAACCGCAACAACAGCAACAACAACCGCAACAACAACCACAGCAGCAACAGAAGGAGUACGGUGCAGUGAGCGGAUUGGUGGUGCAACUGCAACGGGGCUACAAUAGCGGGAACAACAGGUCCGGUGAGCAGACGAGCAGCCAACAACAAUCGGCGGAGCAACACGGACCCGUGAUCAGUAUGGAAGACUCCGUGGAGCAGUAGGGAAAGAAAAGUCGGUAUCGUUGACCAGUAUAAGUAUAAAAGUUUACGAUAUAUAUGAUAAAUACGGCGAAAUACGAUCCGUGUGCGCGUAAAUGCGCGCGUACGGGUACGGGGGAUGAAUAACGCGCGGGGGAUUCCGCGGGUCGUACUCGACGCACCACGGCGUCGCCACGGUCGGAGGAUUCUCGGCCUCCUCCACUUUCCCUUUCUCCCUUCGGUUUCGCGCUUGGCAGGCAGCGUUGCCGCCCUCUCGGCGUCUCCCGAUCCAUCGGCCAACCGGCGAUCGGAAACACGACCGGAAAUCGUGCACACUCGCCGCUUUGUCGCGCCUCGGCUAUGAAAGCGGGCGCGACCACCACCACCACCACCACCACCACCACCGAGUUCCCGAGAAGGAGAAGGCCCCGAGGUGAAAGCCGAGCACCUCCCUCCUCCGUUGGUGAUGCGCGUGUGUGCGCGGCGCGCGUGCACACGUGGGGACGGGUGCAAACGUUUCGAAAAACGCGAACGACACGCGAAGCGAGAGAACGCGCUUUUUAACACCCGCAAGCCCCUCACCCUGCCACCCUUUCCUUUCCGGAAGUCGACAACCGCCCGCGUCGAGGCGAGCGGUUCCAUGUUAUACAUUCUAUGGGAGGUUAAAGGAAACGGAGGGAAAAAAGGGGGGAAGAAGAAGAAGAAGAAGAAGAAGAAGAAGUAGCGAGCGAAAAAUACCCCGACCAUCCGCGAACCCAUUGCGCGAUUCCAUCGGUUUUACACGAGUAUCCGGCCUCCUCGAUCUCCUGUCCAGCUGACGGUAGGUCGUACCGGAACUGUUUUUUCGACUUUAUGGCGAAUAUUUCGUGGAAAGGCGCAAAAAAGAAAAGAAAAAGAAAAAAAAACGGAUAUAGCAAACACGUACAAUGUUACGUGCAUACGUACACCGAGACACACACGUUAUAUACACACACACACACACACACACACACACACACACACACACGUACACAUACACAAUUGAUCUCACACAAAUGGCCCCAUUUUAUUCACACAGUGACACGCAGGCAGUAAUAAAAUGUAUACUCGUUCGCUCGAUUAAUAAUUAUUGAACACAAUUUUUUCGACACGUGCAUGGGACGAAUGCUUUCCGACACUCCGUCGGGUGAUCCAUCGUACGGAGGAUACGACAUCCUGGCGUGUCGGAGAACAAAAAACGGGGGGAAGUAGUAGUACAGGCGGAGCGGCGUUAAGCGAGUCCGCGCGUUCCGUGAGAGGGAAAGAAAGAAAAAAAGAGAGAGGAAAAAGAAGAAAAAAAAAAGGAAAGGAGAUAAGACAGAGUUGAGACAUAGGAGCGCGCGAUAAAAAAAUUCUGCGAGGGUUGUUUAUCCGGCCGAGACAAGUCGCGCGCGAAUCGAACGUAUGGCCGAUGCGACAGACACGGGACUUUUGAAAANAAAAAAAAAAAAAAAAAAGAAAAAGACGGUCGAGGUGAGAACACGAACAAAUUAUUUAACAAAAUAAUAAUGCCGACGCAACAACAACAAUAACAACAACAACAACAACAACAACGUAUUUUUUUCCUUUAUCGAUGUAAAACUACCUAAUGCAAAAAAAAAAAAAACUUAUUACCUACUAACUAACAUUACUUAACUCGUAAGGAGCAACAUAAUUAUAUAAGGAAUGAUAUAUUAUAUAUACAUAUAUAUAUAUACAUAUAUUUUUGGUCAUUAACGAACGUAUGCGAAACGAGAACGAGCCAAGACUUUUGUUGGCGCGCGUAUAGAUGACGUUUUUUCACAAGGCGACAAUAUUUCUCUAAUCUCGAUUAUUUCGAGGCUGGCGUUCGGUAGAAACGCGUUUACCCCUCAACCCGCCCCCCCCCUCUCUCAAGCUUUUGGUAGCUCGAAAAAGAGAAAAAGUGAAAAAGGGAGACGAUAAAGAGUUGAUCGGAAAGGUCAUGUGAUUAGGGUGAUCUUCAUCGAUUAGGCGUCGUUUAGAAUCGAUUCGAGGACGAUUGGUUUCUUGGAAACAAGUUCUUCGGUUUCCAGAAAGAAAGAAUGAAAGAAAGAAAGAAAGAAAGAAAGAAAGAAAGAAAAAAGAAGGGGGGAGAGGAGAAUUUUCAUCGGCGAAAAUCGUUCUGUUACCGCGAUGGACCGAUCGAGGAAUCCACACAUACACACAUACACACACACACACACACACAAAAAGAAAAAAAAGAAAGGAAGAAAAUGAGAAACGCGUAGAUGUAUAUAAGGGAUUUGGAGGGAAAGGAUAUCGCUACGUGUAUAGGCGCGGGUUUGUUCUUCACUCGGUCGCUUUUUACCGAAAUGCGAAAAAGAAGUGCGGAAAAAAAAAAGAAAAGAGGGAAAGGAAAAAUUUUUCUUACGCGCGACAACGCCCACAUUUUGAUACAAAUGCAAAUUUUCUAUCGCGUAGAGGAAGAGAAGCAGCUGUAACGGCGGCGUUCGUAGAAUUUUUUCAUUUUUGUGAAGAAGAAGAAAAAAAGAAAAAAAAAAAAAAAGGAAAAACACUUUCCACUCUCGUUUUUCUAGAAGGAUCGGUGUUCUUUCCCUUUUUCUUCUGGAUCGAAUCGAUCAAAAAAGAAAAAAAAAGCGUGGUGGUCGAUUAGUUAGAAACGUAAAUGACGUAAAUCGGGGAGAGGCAAGAAAAGAAAAAAGAAAAAAGGAAAAAAAGGGGGUGCAAACGUUUCGAACGAUCGAACGAUAGGAUUUCUUCUCGUCUGAAUUUUUCUACGAACUCUACGAAUUUCGCAUCGCGACGAAUGCGAAUUUUUUCCAUUCCACCGAUCCUUUCGAUUUUUUAGCAUCGACUGUAAGACGAAAUUUAGAGACGAAAUUAGAUGGAAUUCGAAAACAACCGUCGAAAUGAUCGACGCCAUACUAUCGUCACUUUUAGGAAAAUAUCUAGGAAGUUUCAAUUUUUAAGAAAUCGAGUGUUCUACUACAUUAGCGUGUUCGCCAGUAUUCUUUUUUUUUUUGGGAAAUCAAACGAUUUUUUAAAAGCUUCUUAUCGAUCGUUUCGACAACGACGACGAGAGAUGAGACGAACGAUAACGAGGACCAGGACGAGGACGUUGGCGAGAGACACGAACUUUACGGGAACGAGUUUAGAGCGUUAAUUUGCAAGGAUCAGUCGCGUGAUAGGUUCGAGUAGUAGGGAAGAGAAAUCGUCGCGAUUGUUUUUUUCGGCCGCGGCGAGAGACACGACACGAGAAGAACGCCAGUCCCUCCUCUUUUCAUUAAUUUUUUCACAGAGUAAUCCAUGAGCGUCGUGCGCGCGACUACUCGAGGUAUCUUCUCGUAUUUCAUAUUAGAAAUUCCGUUCGACAGGAGAACCUUGAACUAAUAAUAUUAUAUAGAUAUUGAACACGUUGAAGAAAUGGAGGAAAGAAAGAAAAGAAGAAGAAGAAGAAGGAGAGAAAAAAAAAAAAAAGAAAAAUAGUGGUGAUUUCGUCGUUUCGCUAGUUGUAGUUAGCCGAGCAGGACGUUUGGACCAAGAAGACGAAAUCGAACGAAAGCAGCGAAUUCGCAGAAUGACUCGUUUAGCAACACGAACACGCGUAGGGACGUGUAGGGACGUAUACGCGAGGAAAUUUAGUGUGACGCGUUCACAACGCGUCGAUAUAUAAUGUAGAUCGCGGGCCAUGAUUUUCCGUCUUUCUCGCGUGUCGAGGAAGGAGAUCAUUAUUCACAGAGUUCUGAUUCUAAAAAGGACGAGGACAGAGGAAACGAAAGGAUAAAUUCACGCACUCAUCUCAUACGACUCUCUUUAAGUAAAGUAACGACUGAAAGACUCUAGGCUGUACAUAAAGUAUAAGGCAUGUAUGUUCGGUGUUUUAAAAAAAAAAAAGAAAAAAAUGCAAAAAUUCCUUACUAACGCAAAAAAAAUUAUUACCUUACGGAAUAAAAAAAAAAAAAAAGUAAAUCGUGUAAGCAAGGCUAUUCUCUCGGUGUUUUUUGGAACUAAACUUAACGAAAAAUUUAU